UUUUUGUUGGGCGACGUGUCAUUUGUUCUUUUCGGUCGGUGGUGGUGUUGUAAAAAGUCAAAUUGAAAUUUUUUUUUCGUUCCAUCACGAAGAAAAAAAUCUCACCAAAAAAUUUGUAUUUAAAGAAAAAAAAUAAAACACCCCAAAAGGGUAGACAACGACGAAUGUUAUCUAUAAGCAAUACAAGUAUUUAAACAAAAAAAAAAUCAAAAAACUUAAACCUUUUUUCCCCCCUUCCGACGAUAUCAAAAUCAAAAUUUAGGAGGAAAAAGAAAAAAUCCAAUUUUGAGAAAAAAUGAAUCGCCCUGCAAAACUGCUCAAUCGCAAAGCAGCUGGCUAUAGCAGUCUCAUCACAUUUGCCGUACUCCUUAUAGCUUGGUUAGCUGGAUUUGCCUCACGUUUAUUUGCUGUCAUUCGUUUCGAAAGCAUUAUCCAUGAAUUCGAUCCAUGGUUCAAUUAUCGUGCCACCGCCUUCAUGGUCGAACAUGGUUAUUACAAGUUUUUGAAUUGGUUCGAUGAGCGCGCUUGGUAUCCAUUGGGACGGAUUGUUGGUGGUACUGUGUACCCUGGAUUGAUGAUUACCUCAGGAGGUAUUCAUUAUAUUUUACAUGCUUUGAAUAUUCCGGUACAUAUUCGAGAUAUUUGUGUGUUCUUGGCGCCUGUCUUUAGUGGCCUUACAUCGAUUUCUACAUAUUUGUUGACCAAAGAGUUAUGGUCUCCUGGAGCUGGUUUAUUUGCUGCCAGUUUUAUUGCGAUAGUACCGGGUUAUAUUAGUCGAUCGGUAGCAGGGUCUUAUGAUAACGAAGGAAUUGCUAUUUUUGCUCUGCAAUUCACUUACUAUUUGUGGGUGAAGUCAGUUAAGACGGGUUCGGUAUUCUGGUCAUCAAUGGCAGCUUUAUCCUACUUCUACAUGGUUUCAGCUUGGGGUGGCUAUGUGUUUAUUAUCAAUCUGAUUCCAUUGCACGUUUUUGUGUUGCUUUUGAUGGGAAGAUAUUCGCCAAGGUUAUUAACCAGUUACACAACUUUUUACAUCUUGGGUCUGUUAUUCUCGAUGCAAAUUCCUUUUGUUGGCUUCCAACCGAUUCGAACAAGCGAACACAUGGCAGCGAUGGGAGUGUUUGUACUUCUUCUGGCUGUUGGUGUGUUGAAGCAUUUGCAGACUAUCCUCUCUAAAACAGAGUUCAAGAGGCUAUUCAUCGUGGGUGCUCUGAUAGCAGCUGCAGUAGUCUUUAUGGCAGUCGUUCUACUCACAAUGAUGGGUGUUGUGGCACCAUGGAGUGGACGAUUCUACUCUCUAUGGGACACUGGGUAUGCAAAAAUUCAUAUUCCAAUUAUUGCAUCGGUAUCGGAACAUCAACCGACAACGUGGUUUUCGUUUUUCUUCGAUUUGCAUAUAUUAGUUUGUGCAUUCCCAGUUGGAUUAUGGUAUUGCAUCAAAAAAAUCAACGAUGAGAGGGUCUUUGUUGUUCUUUAUGCCAUAAGUGCAGUUUACUUUGCUGGAGUUAUGGUUCGAUUGAUGUUGACAUUGACUCCAGUUGUUUGUAUGUUGGCUGGUAUUGCAUUCUCUUGCCUGUUGGAGGUGUUUUUGAAAGAAGAUAGUUCACCGAAUAAAGCUACUGAUGAAACUGAAGAUACUUCGGUGGAAAAGAAAAAUAUGUAUGAUAAGGCUGGAAAAUUAAAACAUAGACCAAAACAUGAUUCAGCUCAUGAAGGAGCUGCUGGUAUUGGUGCCAAUUUAAAGAGUGUAGUUAUUUUAGCUAUAUUGAUGCUUCUUAUGAUGUUUGCUGUUCAUUGUACAUGGGUUACUAGUAAUGCAUAUUCAAGUCCUUCUAUUGUGUUGGCAUUCCAUAAUAGUCAAGAUGGAUCUCGCAACAUUCUCGAUGAUUUCCGUGAGGCUUACUACUGGCUAUCUCAAAACACAGCUGACGACGCUCGCAUUAUGUCUUGGUGGGAUUAUGGUUAUCAGAUAGCGGGAAUGGCAAAUCGAACGACACUGGUGGACAAUAAUACUUGGAAUAAUAGUCACAUAGCAUUGGUUGGCAAGGCAAUGUCAUCUACCGAAGAGAAGUCUUACGAAAUCAUGACUUCUCUUGAUGUGGACUAUGUUUUGGUUAUAUUCGGUGGUGUAAUUGGUUAUUCUGGUGAUGAUAUCAAUAAGUUCUUAUGGAUGGUUCGUAUUGCUGAAGGUGAACAUCCCAAGGAUAUCAGAGAAAGUGACUAUUUUACCGAUCGUGGAGAGUUCCGUGUUGAUGCUGAAGGUGCCCCAGCCCUACUUAAUUGUCUAAUGUACAAAUUGAGCUACUACAGAUUUGGAGAGUUGAAAUUAGAUUAUAGAGGCCCAGCAGGUUAUGAUAGAACUCGAAAUGCUGUGAUUGGCAACAAAGAUUUUGAUCUCACUUAUCUAGAGGAAGCAUACACGUCCGAACAUUGGUUGGUCCGCAUCUAUCGGGUGAAGAAACCACAUGAGUUUAAUCGUCCCGCGAUUAAGACCACAGAUAGAGCUGUUUCCUCUGGCAACUAUGUUUCCCGAAAGAAUUCCAAGAGGAGGAAAGGUUAUAUAAAGAACCGACCAGUCGUUGUUAAGGGCAAGCGAACACGAAAGUAAAAAAAAAGGAAUUUAGUUUUUUUUUUUCUAAUUAAAGAGUGAGAGACGGCAAACUAUCACAAAAACAAACUUUCAAACAAAAAAAAAAAAGAUAGAAGAAGCUCCUUAAAAAAUAUAAAAACAACUUUACAUUUAAUUUAGUUUAGUUACAAGCGCUAUAACUGUAUUUCGUUCCAUCCUUAUAAUAUUUAAAUUAAUUUUCUACGCAAAACUUUCGCACGAUGAAAUGGAUCAGGUAAAUGAUAAAGAGACACAGUAAUUAAUUAACUUGCAUUUAGUCAAUAUUUUUUGACUCUUUUAAGUUUGAAGAUUUGAUAUAAAAAGUCUUAACGUAAUUAUAAAAAAAAGUUUGCUCCUUUCUUGUGAGCACAAUGGUCCCGAUAUUUCUAUUCACUUAUUAUGAAAAAAAAAAAUAUUCUUUUUUCAUCGAGUUAAAAUGAAUAGAAA